AUGAUUUCUGGGCUGCGACCCAGUCUUGCGCGUAUCUCGUCGCGCCGGCUGGCGUUGAGCCUCCGCGUCCAGCAAUGCCAUCUUCACAUUGAUGGCCGUAGCCGCGUGUCGAAUUUCUGGAUUCCUACCGGUGGUAUCUCGAAGAAAUCCGUCGACGGAGAAAAAGAGGAUGCCAAUGACCUCCUCGUUAGAGGUGGCUUUCUUCGACAAGCGUACUCUGGAGUGUUUCACAUGCUUCCGCUUGGGUUACGUGUCCAGGACAAGCUAGAAGGUCUAAUUGACAAGCAUAUGCGCUCACUAGGCGCCUCCAAGGUCUCGCUUUCUUCAAUAUCCUCUCAGGAACUUUGGGAACAGUCUGGCAGAUUGACCGAGGGAUCAGAACUAUUUCGGUUUAACGACCGGAAAGAUACUCGUUUUCUCCUAGCUCCAACUCACGAGGAGGAGAUCACCUCCCUUGUUGGGCAUCUGACAACGUCAUACAAGAGCCUGCCAUUGCGAGUAUAUCAGAUUUCCCGAAAGUACAGAGAUGAAGCUCGGCCGAGACAAGGCCUGCUCCGUGGGCGAGAGUUCAUCAUGAAAGAUCUCUAUACAUUUGACUACAGUGUCAGCGAGGCAUUGAAAACAUACAAUGCAGUAAAGCAGGCCUACACAAGGCUUUUCGACGAACUUAAGAUCCCCUAUCUGGUUGCUGCAGCAGAUUCCGGGAACAUGGGCGGCUCAUUAAGCCACGAAUACCAUUUUAUCAGCCCCAAGGGCGAAGACGAUGUGGUCAGUUGCUCACACUGUGACCAUGUGUAUAAUGAAGAGCUUGCCGAUGGUAAGACGCACAACUUCGAAGACACGGAGCAGAACAGGAUAUCUGGAUUCCAGACCGGUGAUGCCGAAAUCGAGGGCGGGUCGACAAUUUCAACUGGCAUGUGGAUGGCCAUUUCCCACGACAGCAACACUAUUGUACGGGGCUGGUACCCCAAAUUCUCAAUGCAAAAUGGCGCCACGGAGCCCGUUGAGCGCCAUGUCAACUCGCAUGCGGUCAAGGCCAUCGCGACCGCCGCUGGCAUUGACCUCGAUCUCAGUGUGGAGAACCCGCUGCAGAAGUGGAGUGCUCAUGUCAAAAAGAACAAAUCCUCAACAAACAAGCCACGUGUCUUGGAUUUGUACGACUCGCAAGUUAGGGUAUACCAACGUCCACCGCUAAGCGACCUUCUCCAGCAAGCUGGGUGCACGGCCGAUGACAUUGAGUACUCAAAGCUGGACCGGUUUCCCGACACCUCGAACAAGCUUAGUCUCGUCCGUGUCCAUGACGGAGACCAUUGCUCCCAAUGCGCGCAUGGAUCAUUGACUAGCCACUCUGCUGUCGAGCUAGGACACACCUUCCACCUCGGAACAAGAUACAGUGAAGUCCUCAAUGCGUCCGUAUCAGUAAAUUCAGCUCUCCUCGAGGGGCCUUCUGAGUCUGGUACGAAGCCUUCUGCCAAGGAACAAAUUGUACCUAUGCAAAUGGGAUGUCAUGGAAUCGGUGUCUCGCGUAUGAUUUCUGCCGUUGCGAACAGACUCGCAGACUCCAGGGGACUUAAUUGGCCGCGUGUCAUUGCUCCUUACGAGGUGGUCGUGGUCCCAGGAAAGGGCAUGGAAAGCGUUGCUGAUCAGGUAUAUGAUUCCCUUACUGCAGACCCGUCCGCACCUGUCGAUGUCAUCCUCGAUGAUCGCGAUAAAGGUAUGGGCUGGAAGCUUGGUGAUGCGGAUCUGAUCGGAUACCCUAUCAUUGUGGUUGUUGGCAAGGGGUGGAAGAAGAAACAAACCCUUGAGGUGCAGUGCCGCCGGUUAGACGUCAAGGAGGAUGUGCCGCUGGACAAUCUGCGCACGUUUGUCGAAUCUUUGUUGACGCAGCUGUGA